UAAUCUACGCUUGAUAUUAAUAUGCAUUCUUGUGUGCUUUUAACCUUAGUUCUAAGCGCAGCAUCUCUUGCCGUUUCCGAAGACAACUUGAAUGAACAGCCUGAUCAGGAGAACGAAUGUGCGCCGUACUGCUUGAAGGUCUUUCUAUGGAACACUGUGACAAUGAACAAGAAAUUGGAAGCGUGUGACAAAAAGAAUAUGCAAAUUGCAGCAAUGCAGAGCCAAUUGGCGGUUUUAAAAUUGAAGGAAAAAACUUACGAAAAAACAAUCAAAGAUAAGGAUGAGCUGUGUAAAAGCCAAGCACAACUCUACGAUGAUGUAUACUUAAUUAAGAACAAAAUUGAAAACUUGGUUGAUCAAACGGAAAGGGAAAGCAAACAGCUUGUGGAAUUGUUGAAACAAUUAGAAGUUUACAGAGGCACCAUUGAGAUGAGAGAUGAACGAAUAAAGUCUUUAGAGACAGCUUUAGAGGUUAAUAGCUUUAUUCUCGAGAGAUGUAGGGCUAAUUUUUCAUCCAGUCCAGCAGCACUGAUGGUAAUGGACUCCAAGCGGGAGAUGGCAGUGAAAGUUUACGAAACAAGUUGCAUAAAUAUCGGAAUCUCUUCAGAUAUAUGGGAAAUUAAAGUUCCAGGGAUCGAGCCCUUUAAGGUGCCGUGCGAUGGGAAGAUUGCAGGUCCUGGCUGGACAGUAAUUCAGAGGCGGGUGGACAAUACAGCCACAUGA